CUCUAAUCUUGUGUAGUUGAAACUGUAUUUUUGUACUAGCUUAAGAUAGUUGACUUAUCUGGUUGCGACGCCGGUCGAUCUCCGAACGUUUGUUCCGAGACUUCCGGCGCUCUUCAAGCAACGUUAGAUUUUGGUCUGAGUGGGAUUCUGAGUGAACGAGAAUCUUUCAAGAUUCACGGUACGAAUGAGUAUGAAAAACUUCCCUUCUCCUUUCCACAAUCCCAGUUUUCCCAAACCCCACACGCCUAGUCCAGUAUUUUGCCACUUUUUAAUAACGAAAACCACUUACCACGCAGGUUCCGGUGGACAUCCGGUGUCAGAGUGAGACCGCCGAAAGAAAUCUCAGGUUAAUAUCGAGCCUCCUUUUUGCGGGCGCUGCGCGCCCCUUCCCAGAACCGGUCCUGCGCUGGAAUACUUUCAGUAUUCUUGAGCAAGCAAGUUCCGGAAAGUGUCGCGCGCACGCUCUCAACCGAGGUCGGUUUGUUGUGAGAAUGGUGAAUGAGCGUGUUAAUUGUACUCAGAAACAGAAAAUUAUUAAUCACAAAGAUUUGUUUUAGGAACUUCCCCCCCAACUCAAUUUCUCUCAGUAAAAGCCAAAAACAGCCGUGAACAUUUUUCUGACCCGCCACAAUUUAACUCGUAACUCUUGCGUAUAAAGUUUUUUCAAUUGCCUUUAAAGAAUUAGUGUUCAAGCAUUGAAAUCGUGGCAGAAAAAAUGUUUCGCGCACUGAGGAUCUGGCUGGAGCACGCGGCAAGACUCCCGAUGUCGGUUCCCGCUCGUACACGGAGAUCAUGCGCGAGCAGAUGCUCAAGGGCGAGGAGGUUGAGCUCCGCAAAAAGAUCCAGGAAAAGGCAAAGGACGGUUCCCUCGUGAUCAACCGCGAGUCGAGCAACGGAGACGGCAGCAGCAGCAAGUCGGCUGCGGAAUCGAAGAAGCGUGGCCGCUGGGACCAAACGGUGGAGGAGUCGUUCGUGCCGCCGAAGAAGUUGUCCACCGUGCCGGCGACGCCGACGUGGGGCGAUGCGGAGAAAACCCCGGCCGACCAUCGCUGGGACGAAACGCCCGGCCACAAGGGCAGCGAAACGCCGGGGGCGACCCCGAGCGCACGCAUCUGGGACGCCACGCCGGCCCACUCGGGUGCCACUCCGGGGCGGGAAACCCCCGCGGAGAAGUCAACGCGUCGCAACCGUUGGGACGAGACGCCGAAGACGGAGCGUGAAACUCCGGGUCAUUCGUGGGCUGAGACGCCCCGUGCCGAUCGCGGACCGAGUGAUAGUGUGAUGGACAGCACAACGCCUGCUUCGAAGCGACGUUCCCGUUGGGACGAAACGCCCUCGAACGCUACCCCGUCGGCCAUGACUCCGUCGAUCGCGAUGACCCCAACCCCGCACGCAACACCCGGACAUACGACGCCCCUGCUCACCCCAGGCGGUUCCACCCCGAUCGGUAAUAAAGCGAUGGCCAUGGCCACGCCCACCCCGGGCCAUCUCGCGUCGAUGACCCCGGAACAGCUGCAAGCGUACCGCUGGGAGAAGGAAAUCGACGAACGCAACCGACCGUUCAGCGACGAAGAACUGGACGCCAUGUUCCCGCCCGGGUACAAAGUGCUCCCACCCCCAGCCGGUUACAUCCCAAUCCGUACGCCAGCACGCAAGCUGACCGCCACGCCAACCCCGAUGGCCGGAACCCCAGCCGGAUUCUUCAUCCAGCAGGAGGACCGCAGCGCCAAGUUCAUCGACAACCAACCCAAGGGCAAUCUGCCCUUCAUGAAGCCGGAAGAUGCGCAAUACUUUGACAAGCUGCUGCUGGACGUGGACGAAGAAGCGCUCAGUCCGGAGGAGCAGAAGGAGCGUAAAAUUAUGAAACUUCUCCUGAAGAUCAAGAACGGAACGCCUCCGAUGCGAAAGGCCGCCCUCCGUCAGAUCACCGACAAGGCGCGUGAAUUCGGCGCAGGACCACUCUUCAACCAGAUUCUACCCCUGCUGAUGAGUCCCACCCUGGAAGACCAAGAGCGUCAUCUCCUCGUCAAGGUCAUCGAUCGCAUUCUCUACAAACUGGACGACCUCGUGCGUCCGUACGUGCACAAGAUCCUGGUCGUCAUCGAACCGCUGCUGAUCGACGAAGAUUACUACGCCCGCGUUGAAGGUCGUGAAAUCAUCUCCAACUUGGCCAAGGCCGCCGGCCUCGCCACGAUGAUCUCAACCAUGCGUCCCGACAUUGACAACAUUGACGAGUACGUGCGAAACACGACGGCCCGUGCCUUCGCGGUGGUCGCUUCCGCGCUCGGAAUCCCCUCCCUCCUACCCUUCCUGAAGGCCGUCUGCAAGAGUAAGAAGUCGUGGCAGGCUCGCCACACCGGCAUCAAGAUCGUCCAGCAGAUUGCCAUCCUGAUGGGUUGCGCCAUCCUGCCCCAUCUCAAGUCGCUGGUCGAGAUUAUCGAGCACGGGUUGGUGGACGAGCAGCAGAAGGUCCGUACGAUUACGGCGUUGGCGCUGGCAGCGCUGGCCGAAGCCGCCACUCCGUACGGUAUCGAGUCGUUCGAUUCCGUGCUGAAGCCCCUCUGGAAGGGUAUCCGGACGCAUCGCGGUAAAGGUCUUGCGGCGUUCCUCAAAGCCAUCGGUUAUCUGAUCCCGCUCAUGGACGCCGAGUACGCCAACUACUACACCAGGGAAGUGAUGUUGAUCUUGAUUCGUGAGUUCCAGUCGCCGGACGAGGAGAUGAAGAAGAUUGUGCUGAAGGUCGUGAAGCAGUGCUGCGCGACGGACGGUGUGGAGGCGCAGUACAUCAAGGAGGAAAUCCUGCCGCACUUUUUCAAACACUUUUGGAACCACCGAAUGGCGCUGGAUCGGCGAAACUACCGCCAGCUGGUGGACACCACGGUGGAGAUUGCCAACAAGGUGGGCGCGUCCGAGAUCAUCAACCGCGUCGUGGACGAUCUCAAGGACGAAAACGAGCAGUACCGCAAGAUGGUGAUGGAGACCAUCGAGAAGAUCAUGGGCAAUUUGGGCGCCGCCGACAUCGAUUCCAGGCUGGAGGAACAGCUCAUCGACGGCAUUCUGUACGCGUUCCAGGAACAGACCACCGAAGACGUGGUCAUGCUGAACGGCUUCGGCACGAUCGUCAACCAGCUGAGCAAGCGCGUCAAACCGUAUCUCCCCCAGAUUUGCGGUACCAUCCUCUGGCGAUUGAACAACAAGUCGGCCAAGGUCCGUCAACAAGCGGCGGAUCUCAUCUCCCGAAUCGCCAUCGUCAUGAAGACAUGCCAGGAGGAGAAGCUGAUGGGCCAUUUGGGCGUCGUCCUCUACGAAUAUCUCGGCGAGGAGUACCCCGAAGUGCUCGGAUCCAUUCUGGGCGCCCUCAAAGCCAUCGUCAACGUAAUCGGCAUGACCAAAAUGACACCCCCAAUCAAGGACCUCCUGCCCCGUCUCACCCCCAUCCUUAAGAAUCGCCACGAAAAGGUCCAGGAAAACUGCAUCGACCUGGUCGGUCGCAUCGCCGAUCGUGGCCCCGAGUACGUGUCCGCCCGCGAGUGGAUGCGCAUCUGCUUCGAGCUUCUCGAACUGCUCAAAGCCCACAAAAAAGCGAUCCGACGAGCCACCGUCAACACGUUCGGUUACAUCGCCAAGGCCAUCGGCCCGCACGACGUGCUGGCCACGCUGCUAAACAACCUCAAAGUCCAAGAGCGUCAGAACCGUGUCUGCACGACCGUCGCCAUCGCCAUCGUGGCCGAAACGUGUCGUCCCUUCACCGUGCUCCCCGCCCUCAUGAACGAGUACCGCGUGCCCGAACUCAACGUCCAGAACGGCGUCCUCAAAUCGCUCUCCUUCCUGUUCGAGUACAUCGGAGAAAUGGGCAAGGAUUACAUCUACGCCGUGUGCCCCCUCCUCGAGGACGCCCUCAUGGAUCGGGACCUGGUCCACCGACAGACGGCGUGCGCCGCCAUCAAGCACAUGGCCCUCGGAGUGUACGGCUUUGGCUGCGAGGACGCGCUCAUCCAUCUGCUCAACUACGUUUGGCCCAACAUCUUCGAGACGAGCCCCCACUUGGUGCAAGCAUUCAUGGACGCCGUCGAGGGCCUUCGGGUGGCGCUCGGACCGAUCAAGAUCCUGCAGUACACGCUGCAGGGACUGUUCCAUCCGGCGAGGAAGGUGCGCGACGUUUACUGGAAGAUUUACAACUCGCUGUACAUUGGCGCCCAGGACGCGCUGAUCGUGGGCUAUCCGCGCAUUUCCAACGAUCCCAAGAAUCAGUACAUUCGGUACGAGCUGGACUACAACAUCUAAAUAUCAUUCAAUGCUUAACCAUACGUUUUUUGUCUUGUACGAUUAAGAAAUAAAGGAAAACAUCUUUAGUGUGUUACAAGAAGAUUA